CCUGGGGCGGUUUCCGUUGGCGGACCUUUGGACUCUGUCCUGGAGAAGGGGAAGGAAAAAGUAAGGCGUACGAGUGCACUGAGACUUCGUCUUACACAAGACAAGCACGACAAAGAAAGAGGGCGCGGAGGGACUCUUAAAAAAUAUUGAGUCUACAUUUAAGAUCAGCCUAAAAAUGAAACUACAACCCCCAGGGCCCACCGCGACGUUGCCCGAGGCUUCCCGCGAACCCACGGUUAGCGGUGGCAGGGGCUCAUUGAGAGCGUCGGCUUGACAGAGUCUUGCUCUGUCACUCAGGCUGGAGUGCAGUGGCACAAUCUCGGCUCACUGCAACCUCUACCUCCUGAGUUCAAGUGAUUCUCCUACCUCAGCCUCCCAAGUAGCUGGAAUUACAGAUGUGAGCCACCACAUCCAGCCUGCCUGGCUAAUUUUUGCAUGUUUAGUAGAGAUGGGGUAUCACCAUGUUGGCCAGGCUGGUCUCAAGCUCCUGACCUCAAAUGAUUUGCCUGCCUCAGCCUCCCAAAGUGCUGGGAUUACAGAUAAUGGAUUCUGAAUUAAUGCAUAGUAUAGUAGGAAGCUAUCAUAAACCUCCAGAAAGAGUAUUUGUUCCAUCAUUCACCCAGAAUGAAUCAUCUCAGAAUUGCCAUCCUGCAAACUUAGAAGUUACCUCUUCUAAGAUACUUCAUAGCCCAAAUAGCCCAGCUCUUAUUUUAGCCUUAAAAACUCUUCAGGAAAAAAUUCAUCGUUUAGAGCUGGAGAGAACACAGGCUGAAGAUAACCUGAACACUCUUUCCAAAGAAGCAGCACAGUAUAAGAAGGCCUUGGAGAAUGAAACAAAUGAGAGAAAUCUGGCACACCAGGAGCUGAUAAAGCAGAAAAAAGAUAUAAGUAUACAGUUAAGCUCAGCCCAGUCUCGUUGUACUCUUCUAGAGAAGCAACUAGAAUAUACAAAGAGAAUGGUUCUCAAUGUAGAGCGAGAAAAGAACAUGAUCCUAGAACAACAGGCCCAGCUUCAGAGGGAAAAAGAGCAAGAUGAGAUAAAGCUGUAUGCAAAACUUGAAAAGCUUGAUGUCUUAGAAAAAGAGUGUUUUAGACUUACAGCAACUCAGAAAACUGCUGAGGACAAGAUUAAAUAUUUAGAAGAAAGACUUAAGGAAGAAGAACAUCAACGUAAGCUAUUUCAAGACAAAGCUUCUGAGCUUCAAACUGGGCUUGAAAUCAGUAAAAUUUUAAUGUCUUCAGUUUCAAAUCUAAAGCACUCCAAGGAAAAGAAGAAAUCUUCAAAGAAAACUAAAUGUGUAAAGAGAGGACCACCUGGGCAAAUUUGUUCAAAGUUUGGAGCACUGCCUUUUGUGGCUGGAAAGAUGAGGCAACAUCGUGGCCCACAUAUCCUUCAGAAAUCUUCUAAUGAGACUGAGCCUAGAUGUCUCCCCAAGCCGUCUAGAACAACUUCCUGGUGUAAGGCUAUUCAUACUGACUCAGAAAGGUCCAUUUCCAUUUGUGACAAUUUAUCCGAACUUCUGAUGGCAAUGCAAGAUGAGCUGGACCAAAUGAGUAUGGAGCACCAAGAACUACUGAAACAAAUGAAGGAAACUGAAAGCCAUUCAAUGUGUAAUGACAUAGAAUGUGAACUAGAGUGUUUAGUCAAGAAAAUGGAAAUUAAAGGAGAACAAAUCUCCAAACUGAAGAAGCAUCAAGACAGUGUCCGUAAACUGCAGCAAAAAGUUCAAAACUCAAAGAUGAGUAAAGCUUCAGGUAUUCAGCAAGAAGGCAGCAAACCUAAAGGAUCAAGGAGCGUAAAAAAUAGCCCCAGAAAAUGUUUGACUGACACUAACCUUUUUCAGAAAAACAACAGCUUUCAUCCAAUACGAGUUCAUAAUCUUCAAGUGAAAUUGAGAAGAGAUGAUAUCAUGUGGGAACAGUAACAAAAUAGCAAAACUGUCACCUUAAAUGAACUUUGUCAAUGAGAACUUGAAUUGUCUAAAGUGGUUUUAAUUUAAUACAACUUUGUGACAUUUGAAUCAUGUUUGAAUCAUGUUUCUAGCUUCUAUAAAACAUGAAGUUGUAGUAUUUUAAAAUUGAUGCCUAAUGACCUACUGCGUUCCAAAUAAUAAAUUAUUGCUUUUU